AUGAAUAUAGAAGCAAUUAUAGAAAAAGAGAAAGAGCUAAGAAGUGCUCUUCUGAAAGAAGACAGAGAGAUACUUAUGGAGUUGGGGAAGUAUUUAGAAUCAGUAGUUGUGUAUCUGGAGAGUAAGGAGGAGGUAUCUCCAGAGGAACUGCAGGAUGAAAUAAAAACAGAAAAGGAUAUACAUAAAAGAGCAUCGGAUAUCUUCCAAAAAGCAACAAAUAAAGAGGAUGUGGAAGAAGAUGUAAACGAAUUAAUUGAUAUUGUAAACUCACUUAUAAAAAAGUAG